AACCCCCACUCGAGUUUUAUCAUCCACACUUGCUUCCUAAAAAUGGCUUCUUCUACUCAUUUUAUCUUACAAGUUUUACUUGUAUUUUCUAUUUUCCACUUGUCAUUUGCAUCUAGACGACUCACUGAGUUAGUCACUGACUCAUCCACUCUUUUGCAAUAUCACAAUGGUGCACUCCUUAGUGGUAAAAUAUCCAUCAACCUCAUUUGGUAUGGUAACUUUAAACCAUCUCAAAAGGCAAUUAUAACCGAUUUCAUGACCUCCCUCUCAUCAUCAUCGACUUCACUCAAAUCGGAAACCGAACCGUCCGUUGCUACGUGGUGGAAAACCACUGAUAAGUACUAUUCCAAAACAAACAAACCAUCAUUUAAACUUGGUAAACAAGUAUCCGACCCGGAUUGCUCAUUAGGCAAAACUUUAAAAGAUAAACACCUUAUUCAAUUAGCGGCAAGAGGAGGACAAGCUGACGCUAUAAAUGUAGUGUUGACGGCGCAUGAUGUGGCGGUUGAUGGUUUUUGCUCUAGCAGAUGUGGGACCCAUGGCUCGUCUAGUGGGCUCUCCAAAUCUGCUAAUGGCAAAAGAAAAAAUAAUAAGUUUGCUUAUAUUUGGGUUGGUAACUCGGAAACUCAGUGUCCAGGCCAAUGUGCUUGGCCUUUCCACCAACCCAUCUAUGGCCCACAAAGUGCGCCACUUAUUGCACCCAACAAUGAUGUGGGUCUAGAUGGGAUGGUUAUUAACUUGGCUAGCCUAAUGGCAGGUACAGCUACUAACCCAUUUGGGAACGGAUAUUAUCAAGGGGAUGCCAAUGCGCCAUUAGAAGCCGCAUCUGCUUGUCCUGGGGUGUAUGCUAAAGGAGCGUAUCCAGGCUAUGCUGGUGAUUUGUUGGUGGAUUCGACUACGGGUGCAAGUUACAAUGCACAUGGUACAAAUGGGAGGAAAUACUUGCUUCCAGCUAUGUUUGAUCCAUCCACUUCUUCAUGUUCGACUUUGGUGUAGCAAGUUCACGGAAAAUGGUAUCAAAAAAGCAUUGUAUAAAAUGAAGAAAAUAAAGAAAUUGGUUGAGUGUAGAAAGUAGUGGGGCUAAUAUGUAAUCUGAAAAACUAUGUAUUCGUUGAUUCAUUUUUGUUUAUUUAAUUUAAUACUUUAUAUAAGUUGGCGUUUUUUACUAGCAA